CUUCGUAUUAUAUCCCCCUGCUAACCGCACUCGGUUUCGCACCCACCCUUCGCUGUUCCCCUUCCCACCUCUCCCCUCCACCCAUACCCUAAUUUGGCGACUCCUCGUCCCAAGUUCAUCAUGUGAGGAACCAAACAGUAACAUGCAGAAUGGGGAUUGCAAAACAACUGGUGGAAAUGAUGAUAGGACACCUCAAGUUGGAAUGACAUUUAGAUCCUACGAUGAAGUGUCAGAGUUUUAUAGACAAUAUGGUCGACGUAUAGGGUUUGAUGUACGUUUAAAGAGGACGACCUUAAACAAAGCUGGACAAUACUAUACAGUGGAGUUCAUGUGCUCUCGUGGUGGCAAGGGGAGAACAGAUCCUAGCUACCUGGCCAGACCAACAGCAAAAACAAAUUGUCAGGCUGCAAUUCUCUUGAAGUUACAUGGUGAUGGAUUAUUACAUGUGAAGAAAGUUAAUCUUGAACACAACCAUCCUGUUGAUCCUUCUAUGGUUAAGUUAAAGAAAUAUAAAAGGAAGAUGUCCAGUGGUAUGGGAGAGCAUCAUGAAGAGAAUGAGAAGGAAGUCAUACGAAGAAUUAGGAGGUGUCAAACAUCAUUCCACGAAGUUGGUGCUGAGGGCUUAACUUCUGGUGAGGACUGUGAAGCUUUUAAUAGAAGAAGACACUUGAUGCUUCAAGUUGGAGAUGCUGAUGCUUUGUAUAAGUUUUUUAUGCACAUGCAGACACAAAAUCCAAACUCUUUUUAUUCAAUAGAUUUUGACGGUGAAGGUCGCUUAAGGAAUCUACUUUGGGUUGAUGCCAUGUCAAGGGCAGCAUAUAAGUAUUUUGGAGACGUUCUUUUGUUUGACACAACCUACUUGACAAAUGACUAUGAUUUGCCUCUUGUUCUAUUUCUUGGAGUAAAUAAUCAUGGUCAACUAGUAUUGCUUGGUUGUGGCUUGCUUUCAGAUGAAACUGCUGAGACAUACUUUUGGUUAUUUAAGACAUGGUUAGCUUGCAUGUCAAGCCGUCCUCCAAAUGCCCUAAUCACAGACCAAUGUGAGGCCAUUAAAAAUGCAGCUGCAAAAGUAUUUCCAGGAGCUCGUCAUCGUCUAUGCCUUUGGCAAGUAAUGAAAAGGAUUUCAGAGACAUUGAAGGGAAAUGAAAGGUGCAAGGAAAUCAAAAAGUCAUUAGAGAAAGUAAUAUACAACUCUUAUAGAGCUAAUGAUUUUGAAGAGGACUGGAUGAAAACCAGUGAAAAAUAUGGACUUAAAGAUAAUGAUUGUCUCAAUUGGUUGUAUGAAAAUCGACAUUCUUGGGUCCCCCUUUAUCUUAAAGAUACAUUUUGGGCUGGAAUGUCCAUGACCCGGCGUGGUCCCAGCAUGUGUGCCUUUUUUGAUGGAUUUAUAUAUUCUGGAACUUCCUUAAAGCAGUUUCUAAGCUUGUAUGAGACUGCUUUACAAAGUAAAUAUGAAAAGGAAGCUCAAGCUGAUUAUGAGUCAUUCAACAAGGGUCGGAACUUGGUCUCGAAAUUUUACAUGGAAGAGCAGCUGUUUGAGCUGUACACUCAUAACAUGUUCAAAGAAUUCCAGGAGGAGCUGAAGACCACGAUAUAUUGUAAUGUUUCACUGGUCAAAGAGGAUGGACCUGUCUCAACCUUUGAAAUUAAUGAAUCUAUUUUUCUGGAAGAUGGCAGUGUUGCAGAGUAUAAAGCUCUUGAAGUUAUUUACAAUUCAGAGGAACAAGAGAUCCAAUGUCUUUGUGGUUCUUUCCAAUUUAGAGGUAUUCUAUGUAGGCAUGCCUUAUCUGUGUUUAAGUUACAGGUCUAUGAGAUUCCAUCUCGGUACAUCGUUGAUCGCUGGAGGAAGGAUGUUAGGCUUUUACAUGCUUUGGUUCAGUCCUCCAAUGAUUCAGUAGCCAACAACCGAUUGGAACGUUAUAAUAAUUUAGUUAUUCGCUGCUUUCAACUUGUUGAGGUAGGAAUGACAUCCGAUGAUAGAUACCGUCUAGCACUGAAUUCAACAGGAGAGUUGGAGAAGUUUCUAUUGAAUAACAGCACCUCUGCAAAUAUGCAAGUUAAGAUCGUGCCUUGUGAAACAAAGACAAAUGAAAAUGCUGAGAAUCUUGCAGCGUCACAGCUGGGCACAAUUGAGGGUGAUAAGGUUCUAAAUUCGUUACAAGGGAAGCGGAGAGGUCGACCACCAAAGAAAAGGAAAGAAUCCGAUAUAGAUGCUUCAUCCUUAUCAGAUAAGAAAACGAAUGAUUUGAGAACCUUGUGUAUUGAAAGUCAGAGUGAGAGGCUUCUAGUUGCUUCUCCUACUUUGCAUCCUGGCUCCAUUAUUGGUGCACAAGAAAGCUUGAUGCUAAUGGGAGAAGUAAGCCCAAAUGAUUUCUCACUCGGUAGUCAUUAUGACAGACAAGUGAACCAUCAACAUCAACAUGGCAGUCAAUCAAGAAUUUUUUCGAGUGACUUGUUACAGGGUCAAUUUGCCCAAACAGUUGAAAAUCAAUCAAGGAUGCAGUGGAUCUAUCCACAUAUGCUGCAGAAGCAGGAAGCUCAAUUACAGAAGGCAGCUCCUGAUCAAACAACUGGGUAGAGGAGGAGGCAUCCAAUUACAAAAUUGAAGAUGUCAUAGUGAUGUCUAUGUUUAUGUAUACUCUCAAUAGUUGUUCCUUGAGAUUCUUGCCUGUUAAAAGCAUGAUGUAUUCCUAAGUAUGGGUUCAUCAUGGCAUCACCUAAUGAAACAUAUUCAGGUCUCGGCCAUUGAAAAGGUUAAAACUGGAGCUCAAGGAAGACACAUCAAGGUAAUCCUUGAGGGCAAUCAAGGUUUUAAAGCUAGUAUUAGAACCACUUGCCUUCUUCCAGAUAACUGCAAGUUUUCCUUGGGUGUCUGAAUCCACCUUAGGAGAAUUAAGUUUCACUCUAGAAGCUUGUCAUUGCCAAAAAAAAAAUUCUGGUCAUAGAAACUUUAGGGGAGCGUGUCAAUAUCUGGAUUCCAGGGAACAUGUUUCUACUGCACAAACAACUUCAAAGAACCAACUAAAGCUCGGGGGAUGGAUCAUAGAGGCUGGUGACAAUUUUAUAUCUUGGGGGCCUUGUUCAGGAUAUGAGAUAUGUUUCUUGUAUAUUUGUGGAAGCAACUCUGUCCUAUAAUUCUUUGGAGUGGGAAGUAGUAGAUCAACUUUGAGGUUUGUACUGAUGCACUUGAAGAUAUUAAGGAUAUCCACAGUCACAAUAUUCGGGAGAAACGCCUGAUUCUGUUGUUGCUAUCUGUGAUCAUGUUUCUAGAGAAUUUAACUACUUGACUGACUGGUUAAUUAACUAUUGCUGCUAA